AUGACAUACAGAGAUGAAUGACACUAAGAAGAGGCAGCACAACUUGGCUGUAAACACACCUGAAAAGUGAGCCAGCUGAAAGGCAGGAGUAAUUAACUUCUCACGGCGGGGUACUGUACCUAUACAUGGGAGAGAGAUUUGGGAGCUGCAGCGGAAAAAGGAAAACAACCUUGUUAAACAACUGAGUUUAGCCAGUUUUGCUGCCUCGCUGACCUGCAGAGUGCAGUGUUGAUGUGUUUAUACCUCCGUCCACAACCAACGCAUUAACACGCGAUUACCGCCAAGAAAAUCCCAAAGUCGAUUAAUCCCAGGAAUCAAAACUUGUUUAAAAGCACCUUAUCGGAUGAAAUAACAAAUAUAUAAUAAAUAGUUCCAGCACCUCAUUCAGCUACUGUUUACGGGUAUAUGGUGGAGGUGUAAAAACGGUGGGUGUUGUUAGUGUGAAGCCUUGAUAAGUUGAAAUUGAUUGUUUUUCUAAGACUUUUCAUGGACCAACAUAUUGAGAGGCGGAUAUAUUGGAGAAUUACUAGUAGGGUUAUUCAGGACAGUUUGGAUGUUAGACCAGGGGACAAAAUUUGAAAUUUGGAAGAAAGAGCCCAAGUUUUGAAGAUUUGAUACAAGCACCGGGAAGCAGCAGUUCCAAUUUUAAGGAAACAUUUGUAUAAUACUUAUAGUCAGCAAGUGGAGGAAACUAUAGGACCAGGAUUAGAUAAUAUCAUUACAUGCAGUUCCAAAACUGUAUGCCACAAGCGACAAUUACAUAUUGAGAAAUCAUUUUGAUCAAAAAGGGAAUUCAGGACAUUGAAGAAAACAGAAGGAUUUAUAUACUUGCAUUGCUGAAAUCAUCCCAGGAUGGCUAGAGAGAAUGCUGUAUUUGGCAUCAUUGUGCUAGGACUUCUGUACAGUUGCUAUUUAGUUGAAGAUGUACAUGGACAAUGCACAGAUCUAUGGAGUGGUCCCACAGAAUACCCGCCAUACAUAGACUUACAGCCAGAUCAACUGAUGCAAUUCAAGAAACGUCUGGCAUUCACCAUGGAGUGUCAAGCCAGUGGAAACCCAGCGCCAACUUACACGUGGUAUAAGAAUGGCCAGCCCUUCAAUCCCAGUGGGGAUACCACCAUGAUGACUGGCCUGGGAAAUCUGAACUUUGCCAACCCUAAAGAAAAUGAUGCAGGCAUCUACCAGUGUGUGGCCACCAAUAGCAAGGGGACAGCUGUCACUCAUAAGGUCAUGUUGGUAGAGGCUAUCCAGAAUCCAUUUCUGAACCUCCGACUGCAAGUGAAGAAGCCAGCAGUGGGUCAGCCAUUUAAACUGGAGUGUGAAAAUGUGCCCCAGACGUACCCUGAGCCAGAAAUAACUUGGGAAGUGGAGAAGAAGAGGGGUUCAAGGAGGAGCAGUUUUUAUAUGAAUGACAGAGUUACUCUAGACCAUGAAGGGAACUUGUACUUUGCCAAUGUGAUCCCAGAUGACAGUAUGAAUGGCCGUCCCUACGCCUGCAAGGUGAACAACCCCUUCCUCAGGUCUAGCGUCAUGGGGCCCAAUGUGAAGCUGGAACCCUCUGGAACCAUAAGCAGUGUGCUCCCUUAUGCACCCAUACUGCUGUGGUCCUCUCCCAGCAAGGUGGAUGCCUUGAAAGACGAUGUAGUGCAAAUUAAGUGUAUCUUUGGAGGCUACCCUACACCAAGAAUAAAGUGGUACAGAAAGAAUGGAGACAUCUCUGAGCCACUUAAUGCCAGAGGAUCAAGCUAUGAGAUUGAAGAUUACGGCAUGGCUGUCCUUUUCCCCAGAAUCAGUUAUGACGAUGCCCAGAGGUACCAGUGUGUCGGCGAGAACACUCAGGGACAGUCUAGUCACGAUAUCGAGAUUAGUGUAGAGUCUAUACCUGAAUUGGAGAAAGAACCAACCAACAUUGAUAUAGAAGAAGCAGAAACUGUCAGGGUGGAAUGUGUUGCUAAGGGGAUGCCCACUCCAGUCACAGAGUGGUUUAUUAAUGGGAAACCACUGAAAGAUGUUCCACUAAACCCCCGUAGAACCGACACUUUGGACUAUAUUGAGUUCACAGACCUGAGGAAAGAGGACUCUGCUGUCAUACAGUGCAAUGCUUCCAAUGAGAAUGGCUAUGUAUUUGUCAAUGGAUAUCUUAAUGUUAUGGCUGAGGAACCCCACUUCAUCCAGUGUCCAGAACCAUCCGUCAAGAAGGUCGUAGGCGACUCUGCUAACAUCACAUGCCGUAUCUUUGGAGCACCAAAGCCGGAUAUGACGUGGAAGCUGAAGGACGAGGUGGUGUCACAGGGCCAAGUGGGGACCACUGGUGGAGACGUGGGGGGAGCACGCUUUGUGAGAGAAGCCACUGGCAACUUGAUCAUAAAGAACCUUGAGAAGGAAGACAGUGGGUUUUACCUGUGUGAAGCUGUCAACACGUAUGGACAUAUUCAACAGUCUGGAGAGCUGAUAGUCCGGUAUCCCACGGUGAUAGACAACCCCCCUGGUAACGUAAGGGGCACAGCUGGGAGCGUAGUCACCAUUAACUGCACAGCCAGCACUGACCCUGAGGAGGAGGAGAACCUCAUUGUGACCUGGAUGAAAAAUGGAGUGAAGAUUGACAUCAAGAGUAACCCAAGAUACAGGAUGAAUCCAGACAACUCCCUGGUCAUAGACCCAGCCUAUGUCAGUGACACUGCAGACUUCAGCUGCAAUGCCUCCAAUGGUCUGGAUUCUGUGGUCAAGUCGGGCAGUCUGGUGGUCAGCUCCCCACCAGGACCACCAGUAGAUGUCCUCGUAGAUGAAUGUGGAACAAGACAAGCCCGCAUUUCUUGGAGCAAAGGAGCAGAAAACAAUGCCAGAAUUUUACUGUACAUCAUUGAAUAUAGUGUAGCAGACGAUCCUGGCAAUUGGGAGCAGCUGAAGAACAUCAGUGCCCCCUACAGUACGGUCACCUUAGACCUGGCACCAUAUAAGUCGUACUCCUUCCGAGUGAGAGCCCAGAAUGAGGCUGGAAUCGGAGAGCCAAGUGCAGUGACUGAGAAUACAAAAUGCACCACCCCUCCAGAAAUUCCUGAAAAGAAUCCUGAUAAUCCCAGAACAGAAGAUCGUCGACCUAAAACUUUGGUUGUGUUAUGGGAUCCACUGACAAAAGAUGAGCUGAACGGCCCAGGAUUUCAUUACAAAAUCAGAUAUCGACGCACAGAUCUUGACCGUAACACACCAUUCUCAGAGGCCACAGUUGAUGAUCCGGACCAAGGAGAAAUUGUCAUUGAUUCUGAUACCUACAGACCAUAUGAGAUCUACGUGGAGGCAGUGAAUGACAUAGGCACAGCACAACCCCCUGCACAGAGAAUUACUGGCUUCUCUGGGGAAGGAAAGCCAUCCAUAUUCCCUGAAAAUUUCCGUGAAGAUGAAGACGAGAUGGCCACAGCAGACACAGUUUUUGUGAGGUGGUCCCCCGUUAAGCCAGAGCCUGAAACUGUGAAGGGCAAGUUUAUGGGAUAUCAGAUUCAGUACUGGCUUGCGGAUGAAGAUGAAUCCAAGAUGAAGAGAAUCAACGUCAAUGCCACUGAAGAGACUGAGAACUCCUAUGGCAGAGGACGCAGAGCUGCUGAUGAUGUCAAGGCGUCCAUUCCUGACCUGCCACCUUAUGCUGCCAUAACUGCCCAGGUGGCCGUCAGGAACAGAAGAUUUGUUGGCGAUGCAUGUCCUCCUAUUGAUAUCAAGACAGCUGAAGGAGCCCCAGGCCCAAUCACUAACUUUGAGGUGAGUGCCAAGGGCCCAACCCUGAUGGACCUGAAGUGGGAGCCCCCUCUAGUGGCUAAUGGUAUACUGACUGGAUACACCAUAGAAUACAGAACUGCCAAUGAGUCUGAAGACUUGGGACCCGUCAUGGUGGAAGAGGUCACAGAUCCCACGCAACUGACGCUGAGACUCAGUGACCUGGAGCCAGCCACCAACUAUCGCAUCACUCUCAGAGCAGAGACUGGAGGCGGACUUGGAGAAGAACUGACCAGAGAUGCAGAAACCAUGGUUAUGUGUCCACCCAAUGCACCAAUAGUGGACAUUGUGGCUGCAGAGACCAGUAUGAGUGUGUCCUGGACGCCAGCCAGUGACAACCCUGGGACCACUUUUUAUGUGGAGUACAGGAGACCAGAUGAUAACACGUGGAUAAGAAUCCCAGCAGAAGAAGGUGUCAAUUCAGUGGACAUUGGACGUUUGGACCCUGGGAUGGAGUAUGAAGUGCGAGUGAUCGCAAGCAAUGACCCAGACAGCACGGAGUUUGAGACUGCUAGUCCCAUAGAGACUGUACGGAUGGCAGGAGCAGCUGCUCUGACUGAAGAGCUAGGUCCAGGGAUCUGGUUUGCCAUCCUACUGGCCAUCAUCAUCCUCCUCAUCAUCAUCCUGCUCCUCUUCUGCUGCAUCAGGAGGAAGAGCCAAAAUAAGUAUAAUGUGGAGGAGAAGGAGAAGCUGCGCCCUCACUCUAAUGGACCCCAGUUCUCUGAGUUCAGCAGAGGAGCUCCAGGAUCUCAAGAACCCCUUGAACCAGAGGAUGCGGACAGACCAGAGAGUGAAUCAGAUAGCAUGGAUCAAUAUGGAGAAAAUGAACUCGGGAAGUUUAACGAAGAUGGUUCUUUCAUUGGCCAAUAUGGCCGCAGCCAGCCUGGCGCUAAGGGACAGGAUUCGUCGCGCUCUGCAAUGCAAACUUUUGUUUGAUUUAUUAAAAUUAGGACUUUUGCUAUUUUCUAAACUGUAUAAUCAAAAAUUGCCAAUAUAUAUCAAACUUGUCAAAAUGGAUGCCGUCAGCCAACUUUAUUAUAAGAUGAGAAGUGUGCUAGCUAUGCAUAAUUUGUGUGAUUUUCAUGGACUUACAACAGCCAUUUUUACAGCUGUUUAACCUUGGACCCAUGAAACAUGAACGUAUACAAUUGUAUCAUGGAUCCUGGGUUGAAUUUAAAAUAAAAGUUUCAUAGCUUAAAUUUGUCCUCAGACAGGCCUGUGGACAAGUAGGGGUAGGUGGGUUAGAAAUUUUUAAAAACUUUGGGCCAUAAAAGAUCCCCUCUGAAUCAAAUUAUGAUUUAGAUUUGAUGCCAAGUUGGGUCAACUAAAUUAAGAGAUUAUUUAAAGAUUCAUUUUUAAAGAAAAAUAACCUUUAUUUCCACCCCCCUUUGAAACUACUGGCUAUGCAGGCCUGUCAGAGCUUGGCUGGGUGUACAGAGAAGAGUAGGGAAUGAUGGCUUGAUGUAGGUGUUUGGUACCACACCCUGUGCUUUACUAUGCAACUUCUUUAAGAAAUAAUUGCUCAAUUUUAUACUGCCAUUUUUCUGAUUAAAUAAAAUAUUGUUGUUACACUUGUAAAAAUAAGAAAAUGUUCCCAUUUGUAUGAAGUAGUUGGAAUUUGUAAACAAGAUUUUUUAAAACAUGCAGUUUUUAAAAACAUCUCUAAGAUUGAUUAAGUUUUCUACGUACAUUAAAUGAUUAUUCAUAAUAAUACUGAACUAUUUUUAAGAUAAUUAAUUAGUUAUAUUGGUAAACUGAUUGAUAUAUUUAUAGGAAUUUUAUUAGCCAUGCACUUUCUAAUGAGGAUAAGAAGUAAGAAGUAAUUAGUUACAGUUCAAGGGUCUGUAUCCACAAAAGAUGUGUACGCCAGAGGUUGGCCUAAAGUGAUAGACAGUUUCUGUUUUUGAAUGGAAUGCUGCAGAAUUAUCAUGAAUGUUGAAGACGACCUAAGAUAUAGGUCUUAAAUUUCAGGCAACCUUUUGUUCCAGUGGUGUAACUUGAAUUGGGCCUUGUUCUCUGGGAUUGCGAUACACUGUAGUUGACUUACUAGUACGGUGUAAUCGAGUAAUCACUUUUCUUACUGAAAUGCAUUUCCAUUACAUGCAAAUUCUCCAGGGAAAUUUGAAUUCUUCUACAUUGCAAACUCGUGUAAUACCUGUUCAUACACAAAUUGUUUUGUUCUUGGAUAACACACUCAGUCAUGAUAACAUAUAUUGCUCAAAUGCCAAAGAUUAUUAUAGGAAAGAUUCGCAGCUUUAAAACAGUGAUGCUUUGUUUUGCUAGGAAUUUAACUUUAUUAUUUUUCAGAUUUUGAUUGGCAACAUGGAGGGUGUUACAGCAAUGACUUGAUCUUUUUACUGGGGAAAAAUUAUUAAUCUUUAAUUCAGGCACAUAAUUUUGAAAUCAUUAAAAAUUAUGUUCUGUAAAGCAUUUUUUUUACUGUACAGAGCAGGACUAUAGGGUAGCAUUCUUUUCAAUUGUUGCUGACCCUCAAGAGGAAUGUUCUAAUUUUAAGGAUUUCUUUCUUUAAAAAUAUACUUGGUCUAUCUGCAAGAUUCACAAUUUACCUGUUGAAAAGAUCGAGACAUUGCUGUCCUUUUAUACAAAACGAAAACAUAUCCUUUCCUUAUUUGCCGGCUUUUUGUUUUUUAUUGCUUUUAAUUUAGUCUGUUGUUAUACAAUGAAACCAAGUCAUACAGUAUAGAAAGAUGUUUGUUCUUUAUAUGCCCUUUCUUUAUAAUGCUUUAAAAAACCAUGGAAAGCUUGGGAAUUGGAUGUGUAUAUUUGCAUAAUAUAUAAAUCUGAUUGGGCUUACUUGUUGCAUUAGUUUUGCAAUUUGACAUUUAUAAUAGCUAAAGAAUGUGUUUUGAUCUUAUUUAUGUGCACAAAAUGCAGUGUCAAUGUGUUAAAUAAUUUUUUUUACAUAUAAUGAUAAGGAUUAGGUUCAAGUCAAGAGUACAUGCCAAUAGCAACAGAAAAACUUGGUUAUUUGAGGAGAAAUAGAACUAUGGCUAACUUUUCUAUUUGGGUGGAAAUAGAACUUGUGUGAAGGAAUAUAUAAAAACUGUAAUUUGAGGUUUUUUCAAAUGGAUAAUUAAUUCAAUGUCUUAUUAGCAGCAGUUGUAAUACUGUCAGAAUAUUACACGAUCACUAGUCAAAAGAUAAAUUUUUUUUAUGUUUCAGAAAGUUGUUGCAAGGAACUAACUCUUAACUUGAACAACAGUUCCAAAUUUGUUAAUAUGUAAAUACAGCAGGGGAUCAACCAUAUGCCCUAUCCUGUGGGACACGCUUACCUCAUGAACACUGCACGCACACAUACAUGUACAUUUGAUAUGGAUUGUAGUGCGUGCAGACAGAAUAUACAGGAUUGAUAGGUGUUGAUCACCUUGAUAAUGAGGUGUUCAUUUUUUUUACCAGUUUGUAAAAAGUGUUGUAUAAUUGUGUAAUUUGAUCCCAAAUGUUUUGUUGAUAUGUGUAUUGUUUAUGGUGCUCAAUAAAAGCUGAAAGCUUACCA